AUGAAGAUCCUAUUACUGCUACUGUCCUUAGCAUUGAUUCAAGUAAAAGCUCAAGACUGUGUGGACAAAGAUACCGAGUAUUGCAAGGCAAUAGCUGGUGCGUGCAAUACGGUAGAGAAUUUUGAAGACUCAAAAAAAUCUUGUCGCUACACGUGUCAACAUUGUGAUAAUGAUUGCAGAGAUACACAACCGUAAGUAAAGAGGAUUUUUUCACCUAUAAACAAACAUAACUCUUUGUUAAUUUCUAAAAAUUUAUAAUAUUUGAGCUGUGAGACGUAGCUCAAUCUUUUUUAUACAAACAUACUUUCAAAGCUUAACGUUAAGAUUUGCCUUGAUGAUCUCUGAGUUUUUACAUCCUUGAUGAUCUGUAAGAUUAUUCAUACUUGCUGAUCUCUAAGAUUUUACAUCCUGAAUAUUUUUUUUCAGUUGCGACUCAAUAGUGAGAGUAGGCGCCUGCAACAUCAAUCAUCCUGAGUUUACGAUGAUUAGUGGGUGGUGCGCCAAAAGCUGUGGCUUGUGUACACCAAGGCAGUUCCCAACUCCACCCAAAAUCUUCUCAUCUCUGUCGAAGAAAGCUCUCGAACUCCCAAAAGCGACAUCCCGUUUCCUUUGGGACAAGGUCAAGAAAGGUGCUAAAGCUGUAGGUAACGCAUUAAAGAAUGUUGAGCUUGAUGCUUCUGUAAGUCUGCCUAUUUAUGGUGUAGAUUGUGAGGCUAAACUACGACUACAUCCUGACAAUUCAUCAUUGUUUGGCGUUGGCUUUCGUACCAAGAAUCUACCAGUUAAUGUUGGUCUAGACUUACUUGUCAAGACAACUCAAGUCAACAAAGAUCCGGCAAAGAGUAUCACCAGCUUGGCAACACCGUCGUUUAGCAAGAACGAUGAAGAGCACUUCUUCACGUUGGGAGCAGUAGAUGACAUGGCUAACCAGACAAAUGGGUUUAAUAUGGAUGGUUUUGGCCAGAUCAACUAUGAGGUGAUGUCUAGUCAAAUGUCUGACGCGGCGUUCAGGAAAGAAGAAAUUGAAAAUAUGAAAAAGCAGAAGGCGGCUGAAAACUCUGAUAAUAAAGGCUCUAGUCAAAGCAAUACUGAUGAUACUCAAGACAGUAGUAACCAAAGCAACGGUGCUUCAAAUGGUCAAAGCGUCAACAAACCCAACCAAGGUGGCUACGAGAACAAUGGUCAGUAUAGAGAAGUCCGUUAUGACCCAUGUGCUAUUUACUACUGCCCUCCUUCCGUAUGGUACGGAUAG